ACCACGUUCCACUUCAGCUACAGACAUUUUGUCUUUUUAAAACACCUUUAACACAAUACUAUUGUAAACUAUUCAAAUUUUACAACUUUUCAAUGAAAUCAAGUUAGGAGUUGAAUCCAAUGACAAAACUGAUACUCUGUGAAUAUUGAUUGGUAAAAAAAUGGCUGCUUUAAAGCAAGAAAAUGCAAAUGUAUUACUUCUGUGGAAUACAAAUACUCCAUAUUUUGCUGAUUCAGUUGAAUGGUGUCCACAUUCUCCAUACCAACACAUAUUUGUUUGUGGAAUGUAUCAGUUGGAGGAAAACAAUACCAAAGGUGAACAGAAGCGAUUAGGUGCCAUACAUUUAUUUUCUGUUUUAGAAAAAUGUAUUUGUUUGCAAAAAUUACAGCUAUCAGGAAUUUUAGACAUGAAAUGGUGUCCCUAUAAAGUGAAUGAAAAAUGCUUAUUAAGUGUGGCUCAUGCAAAUGGAACUAUUGGAGUUUUUCAACUAAUUCAAGAUGAUAAAAAAGAAAAUAAAAUUCAAUUAGAACAUAUUUUAUUUUCUGAAAUUAAUCCAGUUUUUCCGAAUUUGAUAUUAUCACUUGAUUGGUAUCAAGAGAAAAACAUAUUGUCUUCAAAUUGUAUGGUAUCCAGUGAAUCUAAUGGAAAUAUUGACUUAUUACAAUUAACUGAAAGUGAGUUGAAAGUAAAAUUAAAAUGUCAAGCCCAUAUGCAUGAAACUUGGAUUGUUUGUUUUGAUUACCAUAAUAAUAAUAUUAUUUAUUCCGGUAAGUUUUGAUAUGUUUUUAUAUAAUUAUUCUAGAUUUUAUUGUAUUACAAAUAUAAAGGCCUUAGUGUAAUACAGAGAAAAACUAUAAGUAAUUUAAUAAUUUAUUUUUUGGAUUUGUAUUGUAGAAAGUAAGAUAGAUUUGAACACCAAUUAAACUCAAAAUAACCUAGGCCUACUUCUUAAAGAAAACUGAACUUUUUGGUUUAAAUUUCCUAAACACAAAAAAUCCAAUGCCUUUGAGCCUUGCUGGCUCAUCACUAGGGAUACAAAUUUUUUAAAUGUUAAUUAAACAUUUCAGUCACAAACACAACCUUUUUUAACCAGUAAUUGAACUUAAAAAAGGUUUAAAAAGGUUGUGUUUGUGACUGUUUAUUUCUCACUCCAGUUUUUCUGAGAAGAAAUAGACUAUUAUGUUAAACAUUUCAAAA